CAUCCUGAAACUUGUGAGGGCGGAGGACGACUUGUCGUGUCAGCAUGGCAUCUCUGAUGAACUCCGCGUGCCUCCUCUUCUUGCCUGUUGCUCUGCUCCUGAUGCUCAGCCCGUGCCCUGUUGCUGCGUCGUCGGCCAGAAGGUGUCACUCUAUCUAUAAGGGUUUCGCUCAGUGUCUGAUGGCGCUGGGAGACAGUCUCGCCAACAACGGCCGCAAGGACGAGGACACACACGAGAUACACUCCAUCUGCAGGUCGUGGGAUGAGUUCCAUGACUGCGCCAACGUGGCGAUGGCUGGCUGUCCGGACGAAGCUGCGGCGGUUUGGGAAUCCCUCCGCCAGGAAUCCAAGAAGAUGCAAUUCUCCGGAAACCUGUACGACAUGUGCUCCAAGCGCGACGACCACCCAGUGGCCCCGGCAUCCCCACGCGGCUCAUCCAACCAGGAAGAGAUCAACCAGGAGUCUUUAAGAGGUGGCGUCGAUCCCCUGGCAGGCGACCUCCACCGUCUCAUGCUACUGUCUCCUCUGCUGCUGCUGUUGUUUUGGAUAUAGCUACCCUAAGAGAAACGGGACUAGUGUGAAUAGAUAUAAACUUUGUGUAUUUUUUUUCCCCCCUCCACAAGUCCGUCGACUUUCCACUUCUUUUUUCCUCUACUCUGCCAGGGGUUGAAUAUUUCUAACUGCAUGUUCAAAGGCCCGGCAGGCUUUUUUGAUGAUGCGUCUUUAAACUGCCAGUGCCGUUUCAUGCAUAAUCUCUGCCUUUUAAUUAGUCUCUCUGUUGGAAACGCACACAAUUUAUACAGAGAUACACAACCACUGUACAAAGAGAACUGAAAACACAUACAUAGUUAAACAGACAGCAGCCUAAUGUCAUCUGUCUUUACCGCCUUUCCCCCUAAAUCUAGUUUAUCUAGUUAGCAUGAGCUUGUAUGAUGCUUCCAGGGGGAGUUUAUCUUGUAACAGAGAAAUAACAAAGACCAACUAGAUUAACCUGAAAACUAAGGGAUGAAGAGGCCAGAUGCCACGACCAGCUAAACUCAUUCAUUCAUCAGCUUUACAGUGUGAAGCAUUUGAUAAUUAUGUCAAUCUAACAUAACUGGCUUGCCUGCUUGAUGGAGAGAGGGAAAAGAGAAGUUGAAGUAUUGCACGUCAGGUUGCUGUAAAUUAAUAAUAACUCAGAGACAAUAUGACUCAACAGUUUGACCCAAGCGCUGCUGGAAGUCUCCAAUGCCGAACUUUUCAACUCCCGUUCAUUUCCCUCUCUAAACUCAGCAUAUGUUGAAGCCCCCCUUUCUGUGACCAACGACAAUGAAAAGCUUAAAAAAAUAUAAAUGAAUAAGGAAUAAAACCCAUACAACUAUUUUUGUUAUAGUUUGGUGAAUUUUUAGUUUGACAAAUUUGACACUUGGAAGCAAAAAAAGCAAAGCAAGAAACCUGUGCCCAACACACAAUAAACAUAGUUAAAGACACAAUGAAAACAUUUUGGUUGUCUUGCUAUCUGUCAAAUAUACUGUUACACACACAUCGUCGGAUGCUCAGUACUGAGUGAGACAUAUCAUAGCAGAGAGAACAAAAAAUCCAAAUUGUGGCUACAUUUUACUCGAGAACUGAUCAUUUUCGUUGUCACAAAUGCAAAAAAAGAGAGGUAAUACCAGCAUUUUAUCUAAACAUUUGGCCAACCAGCAGAACAUAAAUCUGUAGGAAUGCACAGUUUUUGAAUGUUUGGCAAGCAGCCUUCCAUCCUCUUGCUCAAUAAAGGCUUAUUUGCAUACAUACAAGAAUAAUAAAGCAUUAUUAAUUGUUUUCUUAAUUAAUUGUCUUUUUCUCUCACAAUAUAAUAAAAAAGAUC